AGGGGAACGAGGGACCCAAAACGCAACCAGUUUGAGCUUAGUUGAAGAAAGAGACUUGCACCAGAAGGCAACCUCUCGGAAUUCACAUCAGAAACCACACUCCUCAGUUAGUCUGAGACCUCCGGAGGGGAAACGCAAUGGUCGGAUCAAUUGCCCUCAUGUGUGAUCUCUGAGUGUAUCUGAAAUUCAAUACAUUCCAUACAUUCCUCUUACCACCUUUUUCGCAAAAUAUAUAUACACAAUUUAUAAAAAAGACACCAAUUCAACAAGUUUGACCCGCGAUUGAGUGAAAAUUAGAACACCAGCUACGUGUCUUUUAUCAUCGUAGUUUUAUAGAGUAAACAUGGCAGUGUUUGGUUUAGUGUCUGCCGUAGCCGGCUUUGUCAAAGUUCGGUAUCUUAUUGAUAAGGCCAUCAUCGAUAAUAUGAUCUUUAGAUGUCACUAUAGGAUAACUAGUGCGAUCUUAUUCGUCUGUUGCAUCAUUGUCACAGCUAAUAAUUUAAUAGGUGAUCCAAUUUCUUGCAUUAACGAUGGGGCCGUUCCCACUCAUGUGAUCAAUACAUACUGCUGGAUCACAUAUACUUUCUCCAUUCCCGGACAACAUGGUAGAUCAAUUGGCACAGAAGUUGCCCAUUCGGGAUUGGGAAAUGACAAUGCUGAAAAAACUUUCCACAGCUACUAUCAGUGGGUUCCCUUCAUGCUCUUCUUCCAGGGAAUUCUCUUCUACAUUCCUCAUUGGUUUUGGAAGAAUAUUGAAGAUGGAAAAGUUCGUAUGAUCUCGGAGGGAAUGCGUGGAUUCCUUGUAUCAAAUGUCGAAGAGAGAUUAUCAAGACAACGACGCCUUGUUCAGUACAUGGUAGACAGUUUGAGUACGCACAAUACCUACGCUACGGGAUACUUUAUCUGCGAAAUCCUCAAUUUUAUCAAUGUGGUUGGAAAUAUAUUUUUCGUGGAUAAAUUCCUCGGUGGAGCUUUUUUGACAUACGGAACAGAUGUCGUCAAAUUCAGCAAUAUGAACCAAGAAAGUCGAUAUGAUCCAAUGGUGGAAGUUUUUCCAAGAGUCACUAAAUGUACAUUCCACAAAUACGGAUCUUCGGGAAGUAUUCAGAAACACGAUGCUCUCUGUGUUCUUGCACUAAAUAUUCUCAAUGAGAAAAUCUACAUCUUCUUAUGGUUCUGGUUUAUCAUUCUAUCAGUUCUUUCCGGUAUGGCCAUCAUCUAUUCAGCUGUCAUCGUGAUGAUGCCAACAACACGUGAAUUUAUUAUUAGGCGUCGCCUUCGCUAUAAAAGCUCGCAGGAAAUUGAGGCACUGAUUAGGAAAAUUGAGGUUGGAGAUUUUCUACUACUUCAUCUACUGGGACAAAAUAUAAAUGUGGCAUCAUUUGGUGAUAUACUACACUUACUAUGCAAUCAACUUGUUGAGAGUCCCGACGUAACCCCAUCGGCCCCAUCAACCCUAGAAAUGGCACCGCCAGCCCUAGAAAUGGAUCCAAUUAACAAUCCAUUGCUGAAGAAUCUCCAAAUGGAAAAAGUCUGAUAGUGAUUGAAAUGGGGAAGAACUUAGAUCAACAAACAUUCAACAUUUCUUUUUUUUUAUAUAAAAAAAAACAUUUCAUCAACAUAAGAAAUGUAAGGAAGGAAUAUUAAGGCCAAAAAUCCUUCCUAUAUUCAAAUUGUCAUCCUUUGCAUGAAAAAAAAAUUCUACAGCAUUUUUUUCCCAUAUAUAGUUAGAAAUGUGCAAAAUUUAGCAUUUAAAAAACUCAUUUUAUCUCAUAACAAAGUGAUAUCUAUAAAAAAAAAAUUUCGCAAAAGUAUUCUAAUUAAAGUAAAACGAUGUGAAAAGACAAGAGAAAUUAUCAUUCCCAUUUAGAAAAUGAAAAUCACCUCCCCUUCUUUUUUUUCAAUCGAGAUCAUAAAAUAGAUACAAUAAUUUUACUUAAAAUUUUUAUUAUUAUCAAUGACGCCAUAUUUUCUUAGAAUUUUAUUUAAUUAAGAAAUUUUAACGAUUGUUUUAUGAAUGAAAGCGUAGCAGUUGUCCCGCAGAAUUGUACAAGAUCAUAUUUUAGUUCUUUUUUUCUCUAAUUAUUACAUAUUCAAUACCACGUAGAAUGCUUUUUUUAUUUUAUUUGUCUUCAUAAAAAUAGACAGAGAGAGAAAAUAAAACAAAUCUCAUAUUUCACUUUUGUAUUGCACAACAAUAAUAUCGUAUUUUAUCAAGACUGCAAAAGAUCAAUAUAAAAUUGCUGUGCAAUUGAAUGGAGAGAAAAAUUUCGCAUGUGUAUGUCUCUUUUAUAAAAAUAAUAUUUUUUUAUAUCAUAAGAAAUUCCAUUCUACUGAAAAGAAAUCUUAAUAAUAGAAAUAAUUUGAGUAGAUAGGCAAAAACAAAACAUGAGAAUAAGUAUUUGCAGAGAGAAGAUUUCUUCGUAUUUUUGAUAAGAACUCUUUUUUUAAGAUAAAUUGUAUCUAAGAAAAUGCCGGAAUAUUUUGUGAUUAAUAAAUAUUCACAUAAAUUUAA